AUGGUCAAUUUGAAAAGUCUUCCCUCUGACCCGCCUGCGUAUGAGGAGUCAGCUCCAUUUCGUCUAGAUCACAGAACACAUGAAAGCUCAUCAAGAGUGGCAUAUGGAAAAUGGAAAUUUGCUUGUAAUGAACCUACUGAUGAUCUCCGAGAACAAGCCCAAAGUUUCAAGGAUUCAUCUCCUCUAAUCACCUCGAUAUCAGAGACGAAGACUGAGUAUUUUGACUUGCUUCCAUCCUUCCAGCUUCAUCAAUCCAUCCUCAAGAGAAGCGAUACAGAGUUUGACGAGACUGCUCUAGGAGUUCCUCCUCUAUAUGUCCCUGAGAGACUUCACGAAUCUCGCUCCAUGCCAGCUCAAUGCCUGCCCGUUAAUGAUUUGCACAAUAUUAUUCGCCUCGAUGAAGGUAAUACUCAUGAGCUGAGCUAUUUGUUCACUCGGAACGAAGAGAACGAUGGUUAUCAAUAUUUGAACACCACCGAAGCUCUCCAAAGAGACUCAUACUCAUAUCUGGCUUGUGAAAGAUCCCGAUCCACUAGACAUGAUACUCUCAGCGAGUCUGUGGUAGAUAAUAUUGAUAGGCUACCAGUAGCAAAAUAUUCACCUUUAUCAAUUCAAAUUUUUGUCACGAAACGUGUGCCCACCCCACAUGAGCCGAAUGAACUCGAGAAUAAAUUGAAGGAGUACUCUUGCUGUGAUAUAGUCAACGGAUAUAUCAUUAUCACCAACACUGCAGUACAUAAAGUUGACUUUGGUCUUUUUACAGUUAGUCUUGAGGGCACAGUCACGGCACCCCUACACUUCUUCGAAGGGAAUAACCUGGAACAUCCUGCUCGAAAUAAAAUCGUGUCGAAAAAGUUUCUCAAAAUGUUCGACUUGAAUGCCAGCUACAACUAUGGCGUAAUACCUAGUUCGGCUGGCAUACAUUACGAGCCUAAUAGUCGUGAUUCAUAUGACGGGUGCAUCCUUGGCUUGCCAGACGACAGAACUUUGAAACCAGGUGAGCGUUACAAAAAAUUUAUAACGUUCAGGUUUCCGGAGAUGCUUUUAGAUAAUGCUUGCCCACACGAGGUUAUGCGACACACCAUGCCCCCACCGUCGUUCGGAGUGGACAACAUCGUUAUUCUGAAUGGUGACAUUACGGUGAAUAAGGCGCUUGGAUACGGGACUUCAAGUGAGCGUGGAUCUCCAGUGAGACUAAGAGAUUUAUCAGAAGAGGUCAGUGUAUCCUACGCCAUCGAAGCUAAGUUUAUUGAUAAGCAACACAGCAAGCAAAAUUACCCAAUAAAGACAAACGCUAAUAACCCAGAUCCGCACAGUGAUUUAAACUAUGUUGUAUCAAAAAAGGCGCAAUUCUUUAUACUUUUCAAUACCGCUGAUAUAUCUAUGAAGCCACCGUCUUUGAGUAAAAUUGAUCUCAAUAUUGUUGCAUGGACAUAUCAGACGGAGUAUCCGCUACCGUUAGCAUUAGAACAUGAUUUCUUUUACACAGCGCCUGGUCAGCCUGCCACUCUGCAAGGUGAUACCAGUUCGAUCCAUGCUAAUCUCCUGAGAUUGAAACAAUCUGUGAACGAUCAUAUCGCGUACUUGAGGGAAUGUGGUAGGCUAGUAAGCGAGAGGACAUAUUCAUAUUUGAAAGGAUUGAGCAAAUUAGGAGUAAAGAAAGAUACUAUCAAGCACUUUUUUCAGUCCAUCACAACUGCAGCUAACACCGAACUAAUGGAUCCCGAAUGGAAUCUUCUUAACUCACUGCCUGAGAUCACUGAAUGGAUUACAGAACUUGACAUUCCGCUUAAGACUGAGAACAAGGGCAACUACACAUUAAUCCCUAGCUUUCAAAACUGUUUGGUUGGACGACUCUACGCACUUCAGAUUCUCGUAAAAUUUAAGGGAGCAGACGAUGGUAAUAAUGCAAUGAUCGACGUUCCCAUAAUAGUCGGCUGA